AUGAUAUUUAAUAACAAUUUCAUAGACUGUGAAUUAGUUUCAACUCAACUCACAGAUAGUACUAAAAUAAUUGGUGAGAAAUUCAAAGUUGUCGAUAAAGAAGUUUAUAGGUUUUUAGGUAUUUCUUACGCCAGUGCACCGGUAGGUGAUCUACGGUUUAAAAAACCGGCUCCAGUAGACAGUUAUGGUGAUACCGAUGUGUAUAACGCCACUCAAAUGCCUUCCCCGUGUAUUAACUACCUGAAUGGUGUCGAUCCAAGUGAGAUGCCGUGGAGUAGUCCACUGCCCGGUGAUGAGGACUGUCUGUAUCUAAACAUAUGGUCACCAAAUAUCUCCGGUGACAUAACCAAAAAAUUGUACCCGGUUAUGGUAUGGAUAUAUGGCGGUGCUUUCCAGACCGGUUCCAUUGAUCUGGACUUAUAUGACGGCCAAACGUUGGCUACAACCGGCGAUGUAGUGGUCGUGACAUUCAAUUACAGGACCGGAGUUUUUGGACUUUUCUAUGACGGCAGUGACGAAGCGCCCGGAAAUCUGGUUCUUCACGACCAGAGAAUGGCCUUACAGUGGGUUCACAACAAUAUUCAAAAGUUUGGUGGCGAUCCACAAAAAGUUACUCUGUUUGGUGAGAGCGCCGGCAGUAUAUCCGUUGGAAUUCAUUUGCUGUCUCCUGAAUCGUCUAAUCUGUUCCAACGGGCAAUCCUUCAGAGCGGGAGUCCGUAUCAUAAUAUCGGAGGUCUUCCGUCAGAAGUGGCCCUAAAACAGUCAAAAUUGAUCGCAAAAGACGCCAAUUGUUUGACGCCUCAAGAAGUCAUUGAUUUGAAUUGUAUGCGAAGAAUGAGCUCAAAUCAAAUCAUAGCUAUCUAUAAGGAUAUCUACACAAGAGGAAUAGCAUUGCAACUGAUAUUUGGCGACGAGAUAUCACAGCGACAUCCUAUUCACGCACUCGACCGCAGACUAGUGAAUGUCACGGACGUCCUCAUCGGCACCAAUAGGAACGAGGGCUCGAGUAUACUGUUUAUGGGAGUGCCGGACAUGUUCUCCAGGAGGGCGCCCAUCAAUAUCACCAAGACAUACGCCAUUCAAUUCAUUAAAGCCAUGUCCGAGAGCUGGUGGUUGGGCGCGCUGUCGGACCACCAGUUCCUGCAGAUCACAGAGUACUAUAUGUCGGCGAUAGAUGAAGACGAUUACGUAUCGGUGCGCCAAUCGCUGGUCGACAUCAUCGGCGACUCGCUCUUCAUCUGUCCGUCAGUUUAUUUGGCGGAGAGUUUGUCGCAGAUUAACGGCUCGAAAGUGUUUUACUAUCAGUUCACUCAUAUCAAGCACUUCGGCAACCAUUGGGGCCAAUGGAUGGGUUCACCGCAUUUCGAUGAAAUCCAGUACGUAUUCGGCCUUCCGCUCCGGUAUCCGCACCGGUAUAGUGAGCCUGAAAUGCAGUUAUCCAUGAAUUUAAUGAAAAGUUGGUCCAGUUUUGCGCGAAACGGGUGA